CACCGCUUGGUCACGUGGCUGUGGUUUAUUUUCUAUUGGAGCGGUUCACUUUAUUUCUGUACAAAGGAGUCUAUCACGGGUUUUGUUUAAAGGUCUGAGCGAGUAAACGUGAUACAAGGUUUACCGAACACUGCAGAAAACGUAUAGAAAGAAGAAGAAGAGAAGAAGAAGAAGUAGGAAAAGAGGAAGAAGAAGAAGAUCAAAUCUGAGGUUCGGAGUUGAGGAUACUCAUCCCACUUCGACUUUCUUCCUUCACUGAGAGCAGGUUACUACAUUUAAUAAUGCAUUUAGCAGUGCUUUUAUUUGUGUCUUCGCUCUCUGUGGCCACCUUCGCCCUCGACAAUGGACUGAUGAGGGUCCCUCCCAUGGGCUGGCUGGCAUGGGAACGAUUCCGUUGUGACAUCGACUGUGACCACGACCCCAAGAACUGCAUCAGUGAGAAUCUGUUCAUGGACAUGGCAGACCGACUGUCAGAGGACGGUUGGAGGGAACUGGGCUACGUGUAUGUGAACAUAGAUGACUGCUGGUCCUCCAUGAAGAGAGACGACAAGGGGCGGCUGCAGGCUGACCCCAAAAGAUUCCCAGGAGGCAUCCAUAAACUGGCACGCUACAUGCAUGACAGGGGUCUCAAGCUGGGCCUCUAUGGGGACAUGGGCACACACACCUGCGGGGGCUACCCGGGGACGACACUGGACAAGAUUGAGUUGGAUGCUCAGACCUUCGCCGAUUGGGAGGUGGAUAUGUUCAAAUUUGACGGUUGUUAUUCUAACGCCACAGAGCAAGAGCAGGGUUACCCUCUAAUGUCAAAGGCUUUAAAUGCGACGGGACGUCCCAUUGGAUACUCCUGCAGUUGGCCUGCGUACCAGGGGGGGCUACCACCUAAGGUAAACUACACCCAGUUGGGUGAGAUCUGCAACCUGUGGCGUAACUAUGGCGACAUCCAGGACUCCUGGGACAGUGUGUUGAACAUUAUUAACUGGUUCUUUGAAAACCAAGAUGUCCUGGUACCUGCAGCUGGACCUGGAAAGUGGAACGACCCAGAUAUGUUGAUUGCUGGUGACUAUGGCCUCAGCAUGGAACAGUCUCGGUCUCAGAUGGCUAUUUGGGCGAUUAUGGCUGCUCCUCUUUUUAUGUCCAAUGACUUGCGCACCAUUAGCAGUGGGGCCCGCAGUAUCUUGCAGAACAAAAUUGCCAUCAGCAUCAACCAGGAUCCCAUGGGUAUCCAGGGAAGGCGCGUUGUAAAGGAGAAAAGUGGCAUUGAUGUGUACUGGCGCCCCCUGUCAAAAAAUGCCAGUGCUUUGGUAUUCUUCAGCCGCCGUAAUGACAUGCCCUACCGCUACCAGACCACCCUCGGCAAACUCAACUACACCGCUGGCAGCUACAAGAUCUAUGAUGUCUUCACGGAGAAGACCAUGACGCUGAAAGACUCCACUACCUUCGUGGUGUCCGUGAACCCAACAGGUGUCGUCAUGUGGUACGUGUCUGCGCCUGCCAAACGAAACCUCCGCCAAUUCUACAGAGGUGGCAGACUGCAGGGAUCAGUCUUCGAUGACGAUGAAAACGCCGUUCCACCUGUCUUCCUCUGAUCACUGACUGAUUGAACUUCAUUAUAUAAGGGAUGUUAAGAGUGUCAUCUUAAAAGCAUGGCACUAGCUAUUACAAGUACAGGAAUCCCUUGAAGUUCAGGGGAAGCCAUCUGGAAAUAACACUUAGCUGAUUUUUUUGUAUGUGAUUUUUCACUUGCAGUAUCAAUGGAAAUCAUUUAAAAAGGUCCAAAACAAACCCCACUUAAUGUUAUAGAAAAAGCCAUGAUUUUGAACACAUUUAUGUAAUUCACAGAGCAUGAGAGCAGAUGAUUAAUUGUAUAAAAAGCUGAAAGACUGGUCUCAUAUCAGCACUUAAACUCAGACGUCUCUCAUUUAAAAAAAAAAACCAAACAUUUAUUUGAAGUAAGCUUGAAAGUCUGGAGGUCCUGAUGUUGCAGUGUUGAGGAUGGGAAUAGUUAUGAACUGAAACAUGUUUAAGAAAUUAGUUUAUUUUUUUAAUGGAAAUUAUUCUGUGAAUUAUGUUCUUCACUGAAAUAAAUAUUUUAAAUAAG